UGGAUCGUUUCGCGGUGUGCCCUUUCUCUCUCGCGGAGCGCUAUUUUUUUAAUUUUUUUCUUCUUAUUUUUGUUUUUUGUUUUUUAGUUUAAUUCUUGCUUUCUUGGAGGGCGAUCGAUCGAGGGAGGAGUGGCGACGGAAGAGGGAAACGGAAGGGGGAAGCGAGGUGCUUCUGUUCGUCCUUUUGCUGUCGAUUUCCGUGGUUGGAUCCGGCGGAGCGGAGUAUUUGGGGGUUCAAUUGGGCCCAGCGGUGGCAGAUGCGGCGAUCUCUCGGCCCUCGUCGCUCGAAUCGGGCUGCGUGAUGGUGCUGGAUCGUCCUAAGGGCAGUCGCCUGGCGCCGGAGUCAUAAACGGUUCUUUUUCUUCUUCAUCAGACCUGAUACCGGGAGCUGCCCGGGGAGAUGGAGGUGGAUACCUCGAUGUCGACUGAUUCCGACCGUGAUCCGGCCGCAGAUAACCACCACGAUGUAUCGGGGGAGACCUCGCCGCCGGAGGAGACAGCGGAAGUGCACGGGCAGCCAGUCAUGGCUGGGCCGAGGCCCGCGCCGACGUACAGGGUUGUUAAUGCGAUCAUCGAGAAGAAGGAGGACGGGCCUGGGUGCCGCUGCGGGCAUACACUUACUGCUGUGCCGGCCGUUGGGGAGGAGGGAACUCCCAACUUCAUAGGCCCGAGGCUUAUCCUGUUUGGCGGUGCGACUGCCCUGGAGGGCAAUUCGGCAACACCACCGUCGCCGACGGGCAACGCUGGAAUCCGUCUCGCAGGUGCAACUGCAGACGUUCAUUGUUAUGAUGUCCUUUCGAGUAAAUGGACAAGGUUAACACCACUAGGAGAACCACCAUCACCCAGGGCUGCUCAUGUUGCAACUGCAGUAGGAACUAUGGUUGUAAUUCAGGGUGGAAUUGGCCCUACAGGAUUGUCAGCUGAAGAUCUUCAUGUUCUGGACUUAACACAACAAAAGCCACGUUGGCACAGAGUAGUAGUUCAAGGACCCGGCCCAGGACCACGUUAUGGCCAUGUGAUGGCAUUGGUUGGACAAAGAUUUCUAUUAACAAUUGGUGGCAAUGAUGGAAAGCGGCCUUUAGCUGAUGUUUGGGCUCUUGAUACUGCUGCCAAACCAUAUGAAUGGAGGAAAUUGGAACCAGAAGGUGAAGGACCACCUCCAUGCAUGUAUGCAACUGCAAGUGCACGCUCUGAUGGCCUUCUUUUGCUUUGUGGAGGAAGGGAUGCUAGUAGUGUGCCUUUGUCAAGUGCAUAUGGUCUUGCAAAACAUCGGGAUGGUCGCUGGGAGUGGGCUAUAGCUCCUGGAAUUUCUCCAUCACCAAGAUAUCAGCAUGCAGCUGUUUUUGUCAAUGCAAGACUUCAUGUAUCUGGCGGGGCUCUUGGUGGCGGACGUAUGGUAGAUGACACUUCAAGUAUUGCUGUAUUGGAUACUGCUGCUGGAGUUUGGUGUGAUACAAAGUCUAUCGUCACAAGUCCCAGAACAGGUAAAUAUAGUGCAGAUGCAGCUGGUGGUGAUGCUGCUGUUGAACUAGCAAGGCGCUGUAGGCAUGCGGCUGCUGCAGUUGGUGACUUUAUCUUUAUUUAUGGAGGAUUACGUGGAGGUGUGCUUCUUGAUGAUUUACUUGCAGCGGAAGAUCUAGCUGCUGCCGAAACAACCAGUGCUGCUUCCCAUGCUGCUGCAGCAGCUGCUGCAAAUGCACCUAUAGGAAGAUUACCUGGAAGAUGCACUUAUUCUGAUGAAAGAUCAAUCCACGAUAAUUCUGAAACAAUUUCUAAUGGCGCAAUUGUAAUGGGAAGCCCUGUUGCUCCUCCUGUCAAUGGUGAUAUGUACACUGACAUAAGCACUGAAAAUGCCAUGCUGCAAAGGAGACCAAGCAAAGGAGUAGACUAUUUAGUUGAAGCCUCAGCAGCAGAGGCUGAGGCAAUUAGUGCCACUUUCGCAGCUGUUAAGGCUAGACAAGUUAAUGGUGAAGUUGAUCAAUCACCUGAUAGAGAUCGUGGUUCAGAAGCCACACCAAGUGGGAAACCAAUCUCAAUCAUGGUUAAAGGGGCUGAUCCUUCUCUGGAAAUUAAUACCCCACCAACCGGAGUUCGACUUCAUCAUAGGGCGGUUGUUGUGGCUGCAGAGACAGGAGGUGCUUUGGGUGGAAUGGUUAGGCAACUUUCAAUUGAUCAGUUUGAAAACGAAGGCAGGAGAGUCAGUUAUGGUACGCCUGAAAAUGCAAGUGCAGCAAGGAAAUUAUUAGAUAGGCAAAUGUCUAUAAAUACUGUACCCAAAAAGGUUCUAGCACAUCUUCUGAAACCUCGCGGUUGGAAGCCCCCUGUGCAGAGGCAGUUCUUCUUAGAUUGCAAUGAAAUUGCAGAUCUCUGUGAUAGCGCUGAGAGAAUAUUUACUAGUGAACCAAGUGUUCUGCAGAUUAAAGCUCCUGUCAAGAUCUUUGGUGAUCUACAUGGUCAGUUUGGGGAUCUAAUGAGAUUGUUUGAUGAGUAUGGUGCUCCUUCAACAGCAGGAGACAUAGCCUACAUUGAUUAUCUGUUCUUGGGAGAUUACGUUGAUCGUGGCCAGCAUAGUUUGGAGACUAUUGCUCUUCUUCUUGCAUUGAAGGUUGAGUAUCCUCAUAACGUACAUUUAAUUCGUGGAAACCACGAGGCUGCUGAUAUCAAUGCUCUAUUUGGCUUUCGGAUUGAGUGCAUUGAAAGAAUGGGAGAGAGGGAUGGCAUCUGGGCGUGGCAUCGUUUUAACCGACUUUUUAAUUGGUUACCCUUAGCUGCAUUGAUUGAGAAGAAAAUUAUCUGCAUGCAUGGUGGCAUAGGUCGGUCCAUAAAUCAUCUGGAACAGAUUGAGAAUCUUCAACGUCCAAUAGCUAUGGAAGCAGGCUCAGUUGUUCUCAUGGACCUUUUGUGGUCCGAUCCAACAGAAAACGAUAGCGUCGAAGGGCUGAGACCAAAUGCUAGGGGUCCGGGCCUUGUUACUUUUGGACCUGAUCGUGUUUUGGAGUUCUGCAAUAACAAUGACCUCCAGUUGAUAAUACGAGCCCAUGAGUGUGUGAUGGAUGGUUUUGAGCGUUUUGCUCAAGGGCAUUUGAUUACUCUUUUUUCUGCGACCAAUUAUUGUGGUACUGCAAAUAAUGCAGGAGCGAUUUUAGUUCUCGGAAGAGAUCUUGUUGUUGUCCCCAAACUUAUUCAUCCUCUACCUCCUGCCAUUCAUUCUCCUGAAACAUUGCCGGAGAAUCACACAGAAGAUACAUGGAUGCAUGAACUCAAUGCAAACCGACCUCCAACGCCAACCAGGGGCCGACCUCAAGCAUCAAAUGAUCGAGGUUCCCUUGCCUGGAUGUAACACUACAUAUCUUCAACACGUUGACCAAUUCUACUCAACGGUGUGAGGCCCAGACUCCAAAGAAUCACUCUUCUCUAUCUCUGGACCAUCAAAAAUAGAUCUGUUAUGGUCCAAAGUGCAAGAGCCACAAAAAGCUGGGUUCCUGAAUACGAAUCGCUGACAUCCUACCGUUGGUUCGCCUAGAUAAGAACUCACAAAAUAUUAUUUCAGUUCAUUCAAGGCGAUACCUGUGUAUAUGUAGCCGUUCAAUAGAUGAGUGUACGUGCCAACAUCGUCUUCCCGUGGUUUUGAAUUAUUAUUCAAUGUGUUUCCUAUAUUAUGUAUUCUUUCCAUACGUUUGGUUCACUGUGUGAAACAUGUUAGUUAUUGUAACAAUGCAUUGUAGGAUUUAUGGGCAUGGCAUGAGAGAUCAAGUUUUGUAUGGGGAACACAAUUUUAAGGUUUACAAGGUAUUGCCAUUUUAUGGCUUAUUGUG